AUGCAUAAGACCUUCCUCCGUGGUGUCUUGCUGCUUGGCUUGCCUGUCUGCCAUGCUCAUCUCGACGCCCAGCAUCCUCUUGCCCUCCCUCACGCCGACCACUACAACGAGGACCUUGGCCCCUUAGACCUUGACAGCCCUAUCACGACGCUCAAGUUCAGUGCCCCUGCAAACGGGAAGCAAUGCACUGCGCAGAACACGCAAUACGCGUUCACGAACGCGGAGCUCACAGACGCCCUGGAGAUGGCGGAGGCGUGCUAUGACUGGAACCAGGGAAGAGUUCCAAAGGCGCCUACCUGCUGCGAGAUGAGCCCAGGCCCGAACCCCACAAUCAGAGACGACUGCUGCAAAUAUGUUCGAGCCAAACCCCCGCCGAAGGGGUACCCGAGCAAAUUCGACAACAUGGGCAACAAGUUCCCAGUCCAGCGGCCCCCCAACCCCAAGGGCCAGUGGCCAAAGAGCCUGUGGGAGUUUCCUCUCCAGCCGGGCAGUCCGACGGCGUGGUGCGGCGGCGCGCCGGGUGCCGUGCGCCUCAUCAUGAACGACAAUUACGACUAUGUGGGGAUCCUCGUGCAUGACAAGGAAUUUGUCCAUCCUGGCUAUCAGGGUUUCGUGGAGUGCGUCUAG